AUGGAUUCUGCCGCCUCCGUCUGCUCGAGCGAGGGCAGUGGCGGGAGCCUCGUCUGCCUGCCCGGUUCUUGCAACGUUUCAUCCUAUGCCCUGGACAACUGCCAAGAGACCUGCUGCGAACCUCCCUGCUUCGCGCCACCCUGUUGCGAACCCAGCUGUGGCCAGCCCGCUUGCUGCAGCACGGUGUGCUGCCCACCCACCUGCCGCGUGGCUCUCCUCUGCCGGCCAGUUUGCGGCGUGCCCACCGGCUGCCAGUCACCCUGUUGCCCCAGCCCCUGCCAGUUGGCCUGCACCAGCUCCUGCUCACCAUCUUGUUGCCAACAGUCUUGCAGCCAAGACUCCUGCGGCCAGUCGGCUAGCUGUCAAGACUCCUGCUGCCAAGACCCUUGCUGCCAACCCGCUGGCUGCCAAAGCUCUUGCUGCAUCCCCGUUUGCUGCAAGCCAGUCUGCUGUGUCUCUGUGUGCUGCAAACCAGUCUGCUGCAUGCCCACCCCCUGCCUGAGUGCCUCCUGCGGAGACUCUCGCUGUCAGCCCUCUUGCUGCAUCUCCACCUCCUGCCGCCCCGCUUCUUGCGUAUCGCUCCUCUGCCGCCCAGUGUGCAGCCGCCCGGUCUGUUGUGUGCCCGUCUGCUGCAAGCCGGCUGGCUGCGACUCCAGCUGCUGCGCGCCUGCCCCCUGCCAGCCUUCUUGCUGCCGGCCCGCCUCCUGUGUCUCUAUGAUCUGCCGACCCAUCUGCAGCCGGUCCGCUGGCUGCGGGGUCACCUCCGGCCAGAAGUCUUGCUGUUAA